UAGGCGGUUGUGAGCCGCUAGUAUAUAUACCGAUAUGCCAAUCUUAGAUCAACAUUGUCUACUGCCUUCCCCGACAUUCAUAUACAAACAUGAAGACCAUUGUUGCUUUAUCCUGCCUUCUGGCGCUCGCGGCCGCCGCUCCUCAAGGAGAGCCCAUCCCGAUCGUCAGACAAGACAGCCAGAUCAACCCAGAUGGCUCGUACCAGUACUCCUAUGAAACCGGCAACGGUAUCUCGGCUGAUGAGAGAGGAGCACUGAAGAACAUUGGUGCUGAAGAGCCAGCCCUGCAGGUGGAAGGCCAGUUCCAGUACCCCAGCGAGGAGGGUGGCAACAUCCAGCUGUCUUACAUCGCCAACGAGAAUGGUUUCCAACCCCAAGGAGCUCAUCUCCCCACUCCUCCCCCGAUCCCUGAAGCUAUCCAGCGCGCCCUCGCCUACCUUGCAACCGCCCCGCCUCAGGCUUAAAACUGUGGUCACUCACUAAAUAUAUAUAAACUACGUUAUAUUACAAUAAACUACUUUUUAUUCUUUGUUAUAUUAUUUCCAGAGAAUAUUAAGUUGUUUAGUGGUAGUUUUAUAAAUUUGUACAUAACUGAUUUUUAUACUUUAAUGUAAAUAAAUACUGAUAUGAAAA